GUGUAACUACUACCAUCGUCGUCUCCGCGAGUUCUUCUCUGCGUUUAAGCCAUAGAUAACAAACCAAACUAAAAAAAAAAAGUUUCUCCUUUUAUCAUUCCUUCUCUUCCCUUGUAUAGGUGUGAUCCUCUUCAAGGGGAUUUCUCUGGCGGGUCAUACAUUCGCACCGAUCAAAGUCGGAUUGGUCUUUCUUAACGCAAUCUUGACCCGAUUCAAAAAAUUUCUGGGUUUGUUAGUGAAUAGAUAAGAAGAUAAAUGGGAGCUCCGUUAGUGUGCCACGGGCAUUCUCGUCCCGUCGUCGAUGUGGCUUAUAGUCCGGUGACUCCAGAUGGGUUCUUUCUCAUUAGCGCCAGCAAAGAUUCGAAUCCGAUGUUGAGGAAUGGAGAGACUGGUGACUGGAUUGGGACUUUUGAAGGACAUAAGGGAGCAGUUUGGAGUUGCAGCCUUGAUAAAAAUGCUAUUCGUGCUGCCUCAGCUUCUGCUGAUUUCACUGCGAAAAUAUGGAAUGCAUUGACAGGAGAUGAAUUGCACUCCUUUGAACACAAGCACAUUGUUCGUGCAUGUGCCUUUUCUGAGGACACUCACCGUUUACUCACUGGUGGAAUGGAGAAAAUACUUCGGAUAUUCGAUUUGAAUCGGCCAGACGCACCUCCAAAAGAAGUCGGGAAUUCCCCUGGUUCAAUUAGAACUGUCGAAUGGCUUCAUAGUGAUAAUACAAUCUUAAGCUCUUGCACAGAUACCGGUGACAUUAGGUUAUGGGACAUAAGAAGUGACAAGAUUGUUCAUACAUUAGAAACAAAGUCCCCAGUUACUAGUGCUGAAGUAAGUCAGGAUGGGCGAUACAUCACUACUGCUGAUGGAUCUAGUGUUAAGUUUUGGGACGCUAAAAAUUUUGGAUUGCUGAAGAGCUAUGACAUGCCUUGCAAUGUUGAAUCGGCAUCGUUGGAACCGAAACACGGUAACACUUUCAUUGCUGGAGGAGAAGAUAUGUGGGUGCACAGGUUUGAUUUCCAGACUGGAGAAGAGAUUGGUAAGUUUCUUUUAAAAAAGAAUGAAGUUUUCAUUUUAGGAACCUGUGUGUAUCCUUUAAAGCCAAUGUGGUGAAUGUAGGGUGUAACAAGGGUCAUCACGGGCCAGUGCACUGCGUGAGGUAUGCGCCAGGAGGGGAGUCAUACACCUCAGGCUCAGAAGACGGAACGGUCAGAAUAUGGGUGGUGGGUUCGGUAAACCAUCCUGAGGAGAGCAAUCUAAGCGGCCACGUGAAGCUUGUGGCAGAGGAGGUUGUGCGUAAAGCUGAAAGUCUCCGUAUCAGUGAGAAAGCCGCAGAAGCUAAAUGAAACACCAUCGUUAGCUUAUGAUAUCACAUAGAUUCAUAGUUGUUUUUGCAUCAUUAUAAGAUGUGACAAAGGGGUUUUGCCUUUUAAAAGUCUCUCAGACCGAAUAAAACGAAAUAAUCUUCAACUAUACUUGAGUGAAUAGUGAAUCUAAUCCAAAUUUUGACAAG